AUGGCAGCUGCCUUGGAAAAUGAAUUAGAAAUAGAGAACGAGGAUUAUUAUUCCCUCCUGAAUGUGAGGAGAGAGGCGAGCCAGGAGGAGUUGAAGUCCUCCUACCGGCGCCUCUGCAUGCUGUACCACCCAGACAAGCACAGAGACCCUGAGCUCAAGAGGCAGGCCGAGCAGCUGUUCAACCUCGUUCACAGAGCUUAUGAAGUCCUUAGUGACCCACAGUCUCGAGCCAUAUAUGACAUUUUUGGGAAGAAAGGACUGGAAGUGGAAGGAUGGGAGAUCGUGGAGAGGAAAAGAACCCCUGCAGAGAUCAGGGAGGAGUACGAGCGCCUGCAGAGGGAGAGGGACGAGAGGAGGCUACAGCAGAGAACUAAUCCCAAGGGGACCAUAAGUGUGGGCAUAGAUGCCACAGACCUGUUUGACCACUACGAGGAGGAUUUUGAGGAAAUGCCGGGAGGAGGGUUCCCACACAUUGAGAUUAACAGGAUGCACAUAUCGCAGUCUAUUGAGGCCCCCUUAACCACCACAGACACAGCUGUCCUCUCAGGCUCUCUGACCACACACAACGGUAAUGGCGGAGGUAAUAUCAACCUGUGUUUGCGACGGGUCACCUCUACAAGGGGUUGGGGAGAGCUGGAGUUUGGGGCAGGAGACAUUCGAGGACCUCUUUUUGGAAUGAAGGUCUUCCGGAAUGUGACCGCACGCUGCUUUGUGACCGCUCAGUGUGGUAUGCAGUUUUCCUCACGUGGUGUACGGCCCAGCGCCAGCACUAUGAUGGCUCGGCACUUGGACCAGAAUACAAUGGGCUACCUGCAGUGGCGUUGGGGCAGUGAAUCAGCCAUGACCACCAGCAUUGUACGAGACACCAAGACCAGCCAUUUCACCCUGGCCCUACAGCUUGGAGUGCCCCAUUCGUACUUGAUGAUGAGCUACCAGUACAAAUUCCAAGAUGAAGACCAGACCAAGGUCAAGGGUUCUGUCAAAACUGGCUUCUUUGGGACUGUGGUGGAAUACGGUGCAGAGAGGAAGAUCAGCAGGCAUAGUGUGCUGUCAGCAACAGUCAGCAUUGGGGUACCCCAAGGAGUCUCCCUUAAAAUCAGGUUGAAUCGGGCCAGUCAAACCUACCUCUUCCCCAUCCACCUGACAGACCAAAUUUUACCCAGCGCUGUAUUUUAUGCCACUGUGGGCCCUCUUGUCGUCUAUUUAGCAGUCCAGAAACUUAUAAUCACACCUUAUGUACGCGCCCAAAAGGAGCAGGAGCUGGAGAAGCAAAGAGUCGACUCUGCUUCAGAUAUUGCCAAGAAGAAGAACGAGGCCGAAUCUGCACUGGUGUUAAUGCAAGAGUCGGUGAGAAGAAUCAUUGAAGCAGAGGAGUCCAAAAUGGGUCUUAUCAUCUUAAAUGCCUGGUAUGGCAAAUUUGUGACCGACAACAGCCAGAAACAGGAGCGGGCAAAGGUCAUUGAUGUGACGGUGCCUCUGCAGUGCCUGGUGAAGGAUUCCAAGCUCAUCCUCACUGAGGCUUCAAAGGCUGGUUUGCCUGGAUUCUACGACCCAUGUGUCGGUGAGGAAAAGAGCCUGAAGCUGCUGUACCAGUUCCGGGGCGUCUUGCACCAAGUGCUGUCCGGAGACACCGAAGCUCUUAGGAUACCCAAGCAAUCACAUAGAAUAGAUGCAGAGACGUAGAAGUCUUCGCUGCAACACGGACAGACUCAAGAAACCAUAAAGGGACAGAUGUGAAGGGACAGAAGGACGUCAAAGUGAAGAGAAAUCUGAGGGUUGUCCGUUUCAUCUGAUGUCGUUGAGUAUGUGUAACCCCAGCCCCCCUUUUUUCUUUUCCCUAUAUCCCACGACAGAUCCACCGUCAGUAGAUCAUAGGGUAUCAUUCAGCGCACAAUUCUGGGAGUUUCAGUUAAGUUAUUGUACGUUCCAGGCUGUGGAGUGUGGAGCAAUGCUUCCUCUUUGUUUGCUCCCUGCUCGUUGUACUGUCUGGCAAACGGACCACUUUGGUCUUUUGCGGCCUCCUCAGUGGGAGUGAUGUAAAAAUGAGUGCUAUGUGCAAAUAACUAUGAUCUAGUAGCGUGGCCUAUAGUAGGUCAUCCAAAACACGAUAAGAGGCCGUAUCAUGCUGUACAGUAAUAAUGCUAUGCAUAAAGGGAACCCUCAGAUUCAGAUAUGUAUACUAGCACCUAGAGGAUUCUGGUUGUGGAAGAUUGCAUAGCUUCUAAUAUGAUCACAGGCCAUAACUGACAUUUAUUUAUUUGUGUGUGUGUGUGUGUGUGUGUGUGCGUGCGUGCGUGCGUGCGUGUGUGUAAACUGUGUUAAGGGAAGGACAAACUUUGGUUCACCGUGCCUCUCAGUACUGUAGCACCAAUAACACUACAUAUUUUGGGCCAUGUCAGAGACUGUGUUGGUAUUAGGGAUGCACACAAUUGAAACACUUGUACUGAGACUAGUAUUGAGGCUAUUUUACUACAUAUUAUGAUAUACUAAAUACGCUCGGCUCUACCUGUAAUGUGACCUGUGGGCCGGCUCCAUGGACAUGGAUAAAGCCUGUCUCUGGACUAAACUGCAGUACCAAUUUGGGAUGCACCCGUAUUGGAUGUCAGUAUCUGAUAUUUUUCACGUUUGCUGAUGCUGAUGCCAGUACCAGAUGCAGAUAGACCGACCAGGCAUUACAUUAUGACCACUUAAUACGCUCAUUGUCCAUUUUAUCAGUCCACUUACUGUAUAGCUGCACUCUGUAGUUCUACAGUUACAGACUGUAGUCCAUCUGUUUCUCUGAUACUCUGUUACCCUGUUCUUCAGUGGU